AUGGAAUUUUUGAAGCAAAAAAUUUCGAAAUUCGAAAAGCUAUUAUCGAAUCAUCUUGAGAAAGACAGUGGUAUUGGCCGCACUGAUGAGAGCACUCGAAAUGAUGAAAGUUCAGAGCAGGAGAAUCUUGCCGAUGACCAUACGACUCUAGGAAGCCAUAAGAAGCUUAUGUACAGCCAGGAUACCCUGGGCAGUGGUGAUAUGCAAUUCAGCAAUGAGUCUUUCAUAUCAGCAGACUGCACUGAUGCUGAUUUUCUGGGGAUCCCUAUGGAUGAGUGCGAGAGGUUCAGGGAGCUUUUAGAACUAAAAUGUCAAGUGCAGAGCUCCAACCAGCAAAGUCGCUAUUACCAGAGCAGUACAAUGGAGACCAACAGGAGUGACCAAGAAAGUGUAGACAGAGAGUUAGAGAUGUUGAAUGAAGAGCUGCACAGCAUUGAACUCGAAUGUUUAAACAUUGUCCGUGCCCACAAAAUGCAGCAGCUGAAAGACCAGUACAGAGAUAGUUGGAUGUUGCACAACAGCGGUUUCCACAAUUACAACACAAGCAUUGAUGUGCGCCGACAUGAGCUGUCGGACAUCACAGAACUGCCAGAGAAGUCAGACAAGGAUAGCUCAAGUGCCUAUAACACUGGGGAAAGCUGCCGUAGCACCCCAUUAACUUUAGAAAUUUCCCCUGACAACUCAUUGCGUAGGAUGGCAGAUAUCAUUAACUCCCCUAAUGCUGAAGGUGCAGUGGGCAAUGCCGCAUGCAGUGCUCCACAGAAAACUGCACAAAGCAACGGAGAUAGUCGUGAAUCCAGUCCUGCCAGGUACCAUCUCCCUCCGAAGGAUACAGAUUCAAGUCAACAAACAGAGACAAAGGAAAGAAAGACCAGUGACACUGAUAAAAAUCACAUUUCUCAGGACAAAGUGUCUGGCAGUUAUGCCCCACCAUAUCGGCACUCUCCAUACAAACAUGCUCACAUACCCGCCCAUGCACAGCACUAUCAGAGUUACAUGCAGCUGAUCCAGCAAAAAUCAGCUGUGGAAUAUGCACAGAGUCAGAUGAGUUUGGUCAGCAUGUGCAAAGACCUCUCCAACUCAAUGGAACCCAGAAUGGAAUGGAAGGUGAAGGUGCGCAGCGAUGGGUCCCGAUACAUCACCAAGCGCCCAGUCAGGGAUAAACUGUUAAAAGAACGUGCCAUAAAGAUAAAGGAAGAGAGAAGUGGAAUGACGACAGACGAUGAUGCCAUCAGUGAGAUGAAAAUGGGGCGUUACUGGAGCAAGGAGGAACGGAAGCAGCAUGUACGCAGAGCUAACGAACAGAAGAGGAGACGAGAGUACAUGAUGCAGAGCAGGUUGGAUUGUUUGAAGGAAAAGCAAAGCACAGAAGACAACAAAGAAGUCAGCAUUAUUGACCUCAGCCACAAAAAGAUGAUGAAGAAAAGAAAUAAAAAGGUUUUCGACAACUGGAUGACAAUCCAAGAACUCUUGACUCACGGCACCAAGUCGCCCGAUGGGACCCGAGUCUACAACUCUCUCCUGUCGGUGACGACUGUAUAAUUUCAGAGAUCAGACAUUUCUGUAAAUAACAAAACUACCGAUGAGGUAGAAUUCCCCGCCUCGUUCAAUGUGGCAAGGUUUUUUUUUGUUUUUCUGUUUACUUUUUUUUUUUUUUUUUGUAAAUAUAAGGUAAUUGCCAUCACUGUGUUAAUAGUUUGCCUUUUAUAAAAAUGUUAUCAUGCUACAUCUAAUGGGUGCCAAAACUGUGUACUACCUUCAGAGCUACAGGGGGAAGAGACGUAUUGCAGUGCAACAUAUUGGGGGUGCAGUGGGGAAUUAUACAGAGCUGUCUGUUUGUUUGGUUGGGAAGCAGUGGUGAUGAACCAAUGAGACCACUUAAAAUGUUAAUUACUAAUUCACUGUUGAUAAGAUACAGAUUGUAUAUUGGAGCAGUCCAAAAAUCACAGGACCCCAGAACUGUCCUUUAGAAGAAGGAACUGCUGAAGGGUAUGAUAGCACUUUCCAACUGUUGUCAACUUCCUGCCAAAGGCAAAAAAUGGUGACUAUACCCUGUGUACUUCCUGUUCUGACAUGAUACUUCCUGUUAUGAGAUUCUACUUCCUGUUAUAACAAAGAGCACUAUGCCACUUCUCACAGACAACAACUAAAACACAGAACCCCUCUGUCUGGCCCUCCUUUCUACUGGGGUUCAUUAGAUAUGGGCCUCCUGCUCCGUAUUCUGAACUUCUUUGCACUGUCCUGCCCCAAGGGGCAGAUUACAUAAUGUUGUUAUAUCAACAAAUAUCUUUGUUGACGUCCUUUAAGGGAAGAGACACAUGCUCAGAUUCGGGGAGAUUAGUCUCCCAGCGACAAAUAUCCUCU